CGGUUUUCCAGCUGUUUUCCCAUUUCUUUCGCAGGAAAGCAACAGCCGCCAUUAUUGGUGACAGUGGUGCAUUCUUCCUCUCCUUUCUGGAGCGAUACACUUUGUUUCCAUCGAAUGUUUACAGACGCUCUGCAGAUUUGAUCCAUAUUCUCUUUCUCGGCACUGAGACUUUGGGUAAUUAAUCAUUCCUUUUGUCUUGGGCUAGGGUUUGCAUUUUUGCUGAGGGAAGUUUUGGUGGAAUAGUUUGUCCAGAAUGGGGGAACUGGUUCCAAUUUACUUCAGUGUUGUCGCUUUCUUGUGCACAAGUGGAGCUAUUGCUUUGGCUGCUCUGCACAUAUUCAGGCACCUCUUGAAUUACACUGAGCCUACUUAUCAGCGGUUUAUUGUUCGUAUUAUCUUUAUGGUCCCGGUCUAUGCAUUGAUGUCUUUCUUGUCACUCGUUCUACCUGAGAGUUCAAUCUAUUUUAAUUCCAUUCGUGAAGUGUAUGAAGCUUGGGUCAUUUAUAAUUUCUUUUCGUUGUGUCUAGCAUGGGUUGGUGGUCCUGGAGCAGUGGUUGUAAGUUUGAGUGGCCGGGUUCUGAAGCCAUCGUGGUAUCUGAUGACUUGCUGCUUUCCACCUAUUCCGCUGGAUGGGCGUUUUAUACGGAAAUGCAAGCAAGGUUGCCUGCAGUUUGUGAUCUUGAAGCCCAUUUUAGUUGUUGUCACACUUGUGCUUUAUGCAAAGGGGAAAUAUAGAGACGGAAAUUUUAGUCCAAUGCAAUCGUACUUAUAUCUCACAAUCACAUAUACAAUCUCAUACACGAUGGCUCUGUAUGCUCUUGCAUUGUUUUAUGUGGCAUGCAAGGAUCUUCUUCAGCCAUUCAAUCCAGUCCCGAAGUUUAUCAUUAUAAAAUCUGUUGUAUUCCUGACUUAUUGGCAGGGUGUUUUAGUUUUCCUUGCUGCGAAGUUGAGAUUUAUUCAGGAUGCGGAAGAAGCUGCUCUACUUCAAAAUUUUAUCAUUUGUGUUGAGAUGCUUGUCGCUGCUGUGGGUCACUUUUAUGCGUUUCCAUACAAAGAGUAUGCUGGUGCUAACAUAGGUGUAACCCGUGGUUUCACAGCUAGCCUGGGGCAUGCCUUAAAGUUGAAUGAUUUUUACCAUGACACAGUCCACCAGUUUGCACCAACAUAUCAUGAAUAUGUUCUCUAUAGUAACAGUGAAGGCGAGGAGGGAGCAAGGAAGUAUAGGUCGCGGACUUUUGUUCCAACGGGCCCAGAGAUGGAUAGUGCUAGAAGAAAUAAACCGAUAUCUGGGAGUAAGUUAGAUGACAUACAACUCUCUUGUGUCCCUCCAUUUAGUCCUAGCACUCCCAUGAACUCUGGCUCUGCAUCUGAUGCCCCUCAUUCUACUGAAACGGGAUCUUCCUUGCUUGUGGAUAUAUCAAAUUCUGUGCCUCUGCCAUACUAUAUCGCCCUUGUUGAGCUGGAUCCAUCUAGUUACCCGGAAAAAGUUCCUGCAGCUGAUAAAGAUAGUAAUAGGUGAUUUUGACAGGCCCUUUGGAUAUGUUGUUGCCUGAGACAGAAGAAUUUGCAGGGUGGGAGUUGAACAUUUCCGUUGUGGUGGAAGAUAGCUAACUGUUCUUUGCGUAUUCUUGUGAAGAAUGGGUGCUGUGCUCCCUGCGUCAACUGGGUCGAUGUGACUUCGCAGCCCUCAAUCUGCCACAGCCCCUAGCGGAAGUGCAAAGCGGUCCUCAACUCAGAUUGUGAUUGUCUCCAGUGAGUGCAUCUUUUGUGCAUGUUGUAGAUAGAAAACUAGUGUCACGAUUCAAAGGUAACACAUACUCAGCGCGCUGGAAUCAACAUCAAUUUAUUGAUUUAUUUAUUCUUUGCACAUUCAAAUUA